AGUUGUAUAAAUUCCUCCUUAAUAGUACUUUAUUUCCAAAGUUAUGGUUUUGACGUGCACUUUAUGAUAUGCACCCUUCCAUAGACGAGGCCUCCGGUUUCUGCAGACCUUUCAAGUCCCCCACGAGGAGCACCAUGUUGGCCCUCUGCUUGUACGUGAUCCACCUGCUGCUCCUCACGGUGCAUUCGAUGCCUGGAAUCAGGGUGCGGCUCGCGGGUAGCGGCAUCAGCCGAAACCCAAACAUGGGACGCGUGGAGAUCUUGUACAACAACGUGUGGGGCACCAUCUGUGACGAUGACGUGGAUAUCAAACUGGCCAACGUCUUGUGCCGGGAGCUCGGCUUCCGUCACAGCCUCACGUGGGCUCAUAGCGCCCGCUUUGGACGGGGCCAAGGGCCCAUUUGGUUGGACAAUGUGCACUGCGUUGGUACGGAAACCUCCGUGGCCCUCUGUCAGCACAAUGGCUGGGGGGUCAACGACUGCACGCAUGCCGAGGACCUGGGUGUGAUCUGCAGUUCUGAGAGGCGCCAUGGCUAUACUGCUUAUGAGCCAGAACACGCAAACUCACCGUCCCCGCGGUCAGAAUAUGGGAACUCGCUGUCGCCGUGGCCAGAGCCCGUUAACUCGCCGUCUCCGCGGUCGGAGAACAUGUACGCACCGUCUACGCGGUCGGAGCACGUCAACUCGCUGUCCCCGUGGUCCGAGCGUGAGAACACCCCAUCAGCGUGGACGGAACGCGCCAACAACCCUUCUCCAUGGUCAGAGCACAGUAACUCGCCGUCGGCACGGUCAGAGCGCCCAAACUCGCCAUCGCCCCGCUCGGAGAAUGUGAACCAGCGUGCGAGUCCGGCGACGCCUUCGGCCGAACGCUCCGUCCCGUCACCGCCGCUGCAGGAGCACACAGUUGUGCCCCCUGGGGCACCGCAGCAAAUAAGGCCUGCUCGCCGGGGGCACGAGAUUGCGUUGCGGCGGAACCCGACCGCACCACGCCAGAGCCACAGGGGCUUGCAGCCGCGGGGACACCAGAUCCACCUGCGCCGAGGCAGCGGGAACACGGUCCCGCGGGGUCAUCGGAUCCCCAUCAACCUGGGGGGCACGGCGCAGAGGCAAGGGAACGCCGUCACGAAUGGGCAUGAUCACGAAUAUCGCCCUGAGCCAGUGACCAGGCAGACGACGGAGAGGUACGACGACGAGUAUGACAUGGCUGGAAGCACAGUGAGGAUUGAAGAAGUGCGAUUGCGGCCUGUUCUGGCAACCACCAGAGACGAUGGCCUUGUCACAGAGGGUGUGGUGGAAGUGAAGCAUGCUGGGAAGUGGAGACAGGUCUGCAACCUGGGCUGGGACCUCAGCGGCAGUCGUGUGGCAUGCGGCAUGCUGGGAUUCCCUGCAGCAGAACAGCAUGAUAUCAGCAUGUACAGAAAAGCAUGGGAUGCCAAGAUGGCCGAUCCAUCUGACAGACUGCGCUCCCUGGUCAGCAAGAAGGGCUUCUGGGUAGAGAAGGUGCAGUGCCAGGGUACGGAGAACAACCUGGAUCAGUGCCAUGCCCUGCUGUCAAUCCCACGCAGCAACAAGCCAUGUGAACACGGUAUGCACGCAGUUGCACGCUGUGUUCCAGGGCCUCAGUUUGCCCGAUCCCUUGAUGGUGUACCCCGGAUGCCCCGCUCCCAUGAAGGAGUCGUGCGUCUCAAGGCAGGGCCCCGCCUAGGCGAAGGCCGAGUGGAGGUGCUGCGUGAGGGCAAGUGGGGCACGGUGUGCGACCACCUGUGGGACCUGCCUGCAGCCAGUGUGGUGUGUCGGGAGUUGGGCUUUGGUACGGCGCGGGAGGCUCUGCGCAGGGCACAGCUAGGCCAAGGGACAGGCCCCAUACACAUGAAUUUGGUGCAGUGCAGCGGCACGGAGAGAUCCAUCAUGCAAUGCCAACACCGGGAGGUGCCGCUUGGGACGUGCAGGCACUCGCAGGAUGUUGCGGUCCGCUGCAAUGUACCCAAGACAGGCCUGGAGAGCACGGUACGGCUGGCUGGAGGGCGGGAGCCUGGCGAGGGACGUGUAGAGGUGCUGAUGGAAGUGGAUGGGAGACGGCGAUGGGGGGCUGUCUGCAGCGAGAACUGGGGUCUGAAUGAAGCAAUGGUGGUUUGUCGCCAGCUGGGGCUUGGUUUUGCCUCCCAGGCUCACCAGGAAACAUGGUACUGGCCCGGGGAUCCCAGUGCCAGCGAUGUUGUUCUGAGCGGGACACACUGCACGGGUUCGGAGCUGUCUAUCCAGCAGUGUCGCAGGAACGGCCAGGUGUACUGUCCCCGUGGCGGCGGCUCCAAGGCGGCGGGUGUCACCUGCGUAGACGCGGCUCCGGACCUGGUACUGGACGCCCAGCUGGUCCAGGAAACGGCCUACCUGGAGGACCGGCCACUCCACCUGCUCACCUGUGCGAAUGAGGAGAACUGCUUGUCUUCCUCUGCCAGCCGCAUGCACUGGCCAUACGGCUACCGGCGCCUGCUCCGCUUCUCCUCCCGCAUUCACAACCUGGGCCGCGCAGACUUUCGGCCACGGGCCUCCCGCGAGUCCUGGGUCUGGCAUCAGUGUCACAGACACUAUCACAGCAUUGAGGUGUUCACGCAUUAUGACCUGUUGACCUUCAAUGGCUCCCGAGUGGCAGAAGGUCAUAAAGCCAGCUUCUGUCUGGAGGACACCACUUGCCCAGAUGGAUUGCAGAAACGCUAUGCCUGCUACAACCUGGGAGAGCAAGGUAUCUCAGUAGGCUGCUGGGACACCUACCGCCAUGACAUUGACUGCCAGUGGGUAGACAUCACUGACGUGAGCCCUGGGGACUACAUCUUCCAGGUGGAAGUGAACCCAACACUGGACAUGGCGGAAUCAGACUUCGUGAACAACGCGAUGCGGUGUCGAUGCAAGUACGACGGACACAGGAUCUUCAUGUAUGGCUGUCAUGCAGGAGAUGCUUACAGCCCUGAGAUCGAAGAUCUCUUUGAACACGGACGCCAGAUCUCCAAUAACUUCAUCUAACCUCAAGAUGCUCCCUGUGCUGUGGACGCCAAGGGGCCAAGAAGGGGGCAGAGAGGGGUUAAGAUGGGGGAGGGAAUCUCACCAGGGUGCUGGUGAGAGUAAAAAGGUCACAGAAUGAUACCUGUCCACAUUGUCAAGUGCAGCAUGGUGACACUGAACAAGCUGCACUCAACCGAAUUCUCAGACGCGGGUAAUGAAAGAACAUUUCAGAAGAUCUUUGUCUGUGACAAAGACAGGUGUCACCACAAUAACACCAUUAGUUCACUUCUGAACAACUCCCCAAACUUUGAAUCCGAACAGACUUUGUCUCAUCUUUCAUACUGUUUCUUAUUAUGCAGAUUUUUUUGAAAUACUCCUACUAAAGACUGAAAUUAAUAAACUGUUAUUAAAGUCACCAGAAGUGUAACUUUUUGGUGGUUGUUACUCUUGUUUAGCAACUGCUUUCCAGGUGGUGUCUCUGGGGAGAGACAGAGAAAUACUAAUAACUUACAGUAACUAACACAAAGGAAGGAGGGCUACCUAUAAAAACACAAUGGAUGAUCCCUUAUAGAAAUGUUCAUCUGUCAUAAAAUAAAAUCUGUGUAUUACUACAGAGCCUAUAGCAAAAGGCAACUCUUUCUCUCUUUAGUAUUUUCUAUACUUGUCUGUCUUUCACAUUUGAACAAAAGGUGCUUUUUAUUA